AUGGAUCGAUCUGCGAAGAUGAAUCGCUUCAACGCUGCCUUCAUGAUCUUCUUGGCGGCGGCCCUGGCUAUGAGCGCAAGCACCGCAAGUGCGCUGGGGAUCAAUUGCCGAGGCAGCUUUAUUUGCACUGAAGGCCGCGGAAACGAAGCCAGCAUCCUGGUAUCGUACAUCAACAAUAUCGACCCCAACCGCUGGUACCAAAACGGACAGCACAUCGCUUGCUAUGACGGUUUUUGCGCCUUCCUGCAGAACACGGACGGUGCGUGGGGACACAACAUCAGGGGUCUCGCACACUUCAUUCCGGAACAUGGCUGCAGGGUUUGCGGAAGCGUGCCCUACUUUUAUCCGUCGAUUAACGAUGUAAGUAAGGGACAACUAACUUUCAACUUUGUUUCGAAACCCAAGUGCCGCAGAGGCCUGUGCUAA